UUGUUUUUGUCUAUCAUUCCGUGGUUUCAAGUGAAAGGAGAAUAAUAUCUAUAUCAUUUGGUUCGGCGCGUUUGGUUCGUUUAAACCAUUUUUCUCUUCUUUGUCAAUUGUGCAACGACGCUGUUUAGUGGAACAUAAACCAUCAAUAUGAACUUGAGAUAGUAAUUACCAAGUUAAGCAAACAGUAAAAAUUAGUGUUUUAAAAAUAAGUAGAAAAAAACAAACUAUUUGGAAAAUGAAUAUUUAAACGUCUCGUUAAUAAAUCAUAAGGCUAACAAUUAAUUAAAUUAAACAAACAAACACUCAAAAAUAAAUAAAUACUCAAAAAGAGGGACUGACAAAAAUUCAUUCUCAAUCCAAGUGAUAUUUAAUAUAUAAACACGAAAGUGAAAGUGCAAAGAUGCUGUGUUUCAUAGUAAUAUUAGCAUUGUCUACAUUGGCCACAUGUCAGACAGACGUUAAAUCACAAUCGUUAUUUGAUCAGGAGGAAAAAUCCAAUAUACCACAAGAUAUUUUAGAUAAAGGAAUCGGAACCAAAGAUAAUAAGUUGUCUGAUAGCUAUGACCUACCGCAACAGUUUUCGUCGUCCAAAGAACGACCCGAAUUGAAUCCGGUGUUGAGUGCGUUGAUCAACGAGGAUGUGAAGAAAAGUAUCGAGGCAAAGCGACAAGUUGAACUCGACUGGCAGCCAACUACAUUUAAACCGAUUUUGACCACUACCGCUCGUCCACUAUCUUCAUCGGCUCAAUUGGUUAACAAUGGUUUGGUUGAUCAAUCAUUUUCGCUUGAUGAAGCUGGUAGCGAAAAUAAGCAGACUUCUCGCAUCCAAAUCAAGAAGGGUCCCAACGGUGUAGACUACGAGUAUGAAUAUGUUUACUAUUAUUACGAUGAUGACGAGAAAAGUUCGGCAAAUAAUGAAAAACGUCCAACGUCAAGUACAACAGAACAGCCUAGCCGAUCUCCUAGUGGUAACAAAAGCCGUUACACUACAGUAGAUCGAUCUGCCAAUAGUGCAUCAGUGCCAGAGCAAAAUGAGGUGGUAUCUCGCGGCGGAAAACAACGACACAGCAUACCAGUUGUAGAAGAAGUAAGCGAAGAACGUUUACCGUUGAUCACACGUUUUCCGCCAAGAAAUGCAGGUAAUGGUGCUAAUACUAGCGGAAAUGUUACGCCUGCAGCUGUUUCUGACGAGACAACAAAGAAAAUCAGCGUCAAACGUCCCAGUAUCGCCUUAGUGGACAGCCAGACUUUUAACCGGGAUGACAAAGGUUCGAAAGGCACACGAAAUUUGGAAAAUGAAUUCUCUAAGUCUACAGAUGUGAAAGAAAUUCCGAAAAAAGUGACUGUCGAUGAGUCGACUGAUAUCAACGAAAUUGUGGAUUCAACAACUCCUUUUAUGGAAAAGGUAGCCUUUGAUCUGUACGCAAUCUUGGCCAAUGAGAACUCGAACGUUGACACAGAUGUUACUACCAGUGAUGACGAAUUAAUGACUGAUGUCACCGAGAGCGAUAUAACCACAGACGAUGAUUUAACUACCAUUGAUAGCACUUUACCCACCACAACAACUACUACGACUGAAGCACCAACCACAACGACCACUACAACUACUACUACAACAACUACAACUACGACCACAACUGAAGCACCACUGAUUGGAGGCCGAAAAUCUCCGUUUGGAGCCGGACGAAACCGUUUCCGAUUGCGUACUCAAGCAAGCUCAACAGAAAGUAGUGAACCAGCUGCUCCAGUCGAGCAAAGUCAUCCAAAACCGAACCGAUUUUCAAGGCCAACGUUUAACGGUGGAAACAGAGCUAGUCGAACAACGACCGUUGCUCCUGUAGUAGAUGAACAAGCGGCAAAGGAGGUGGCCAAACCUGUAUCCAAUGCAGGAUCACUACGCGGUAAAAACCGAAACCGAUUCAACUUGCGUGGAUCAACAACAACAGAAGCUACAGAUGAAAACGCAGUGGAUAAUUCUGCUAGUACAACGCAGCGAUCCUCAUUGCGUUUGCGCCCAUCAUUCCAAUUGAGAGGUAGAGGUCGUCCAACUACUCAGCCAGCUGCAACUGUACAAAAUGAAAGCGGAACAGCAGAACAACCCUCAACAGAUGAACGACCAGAAGAUAAAGUUGAAGAAAAAGCAGCACCCACCAGACCGUCACGAUUCAACGUUGGUAGACCCAACAGAUUACUUGGACGCAGUCGAACACCAGCACUAAAUAAUUUAAAAUCACCAGGAGCUAAUGCAGAGUCCGAUGUUGGACCUUCUGCGUCUGGCGAAAGUGAAUCAACUAAAUCUGAUGAUGAAUCAAACAGUAACGAUGGAGUGACUUUAUCGGAAUCAUCAACACCUGAAUCAGGAUUGAACCGUUUACGCAACCGUCCAAGAAUUCAAAUCGCCGCUAGCACUGCACGAACCAAGGCACCAGCUGUAGCAAUUAAUCGAAAAGUAAACCCUUUGAUCGCUAGACGCAAAUUAGGCUCAUCCACAACGCAAGAUCCAACAUCGGAAGAAGAAGUCGAUGGACAAAUUAGCAACUCUCAAGAUGAACAGAAUGAUGCUAAAGAAGCUGACGAUUAUGAAAAUAGCAAAGAAUCGAAAAACAGUACCACUGACGUUGCAGAAACAUCGUCGGAACAACCACGAGGUCCAGGUCUAUUGGGUAAUCGUAAAAGACUACAAAUCCGUCGACCGGGAACGCUAGCGUCAAAUUAAAUUCUACUCAACUGAAUGUAUAACGAGAGAGGAGAUGAGAGACUACGCUGCGACAGAAAAAUAAAUGUUUUUCUGACCGCUUCUUCUGAUACUGAAAAAAAUAGUCUUCUGGUGUAAAAUUAGGAUAUUGAACACUGUGCCACACAAUUUGCCCAAUGUGUCUGUACAUCUGGACCUAUGAGAAAAUAAACAAAAGUCUAAAACUUGAAC